CGAUUAUUAAUCGAUUAAAGCUGGGCGUGACCUCUCUGUUUCUUUUAAAACCUCUCAUUUUCUCUCUCGACAGCGAAGAAAAAAGAAAAGAAAAGAAAAGAAAGAAACGCGCUGAAAAGAAAAGGAAAUCAUCAUACGACAACAAUUCCAUAAGAGAAUUAGAAGCCAAGGAAAUUUAAGUGAUACGUGUCUGGUCUCGAAGAUUUUGAUUUCUUGAAGCGAAUUUCUUCUCCAUUGGUUGACAGAUUCUGAAACUCCUGUAGUUUUGCAGUACUGGGAUCAUAAUUAUUGGGUCCUGAGAUCGAGAAUAUGGGUACUCUUAUUCAAGGUUCGAACGCCACUUCCAUGUCCAUGGAUUCUACUAAGAAGAGGAAAAGGGCAAGUGAUAAAUCUGUAGCUGAGACCCUUCAAAAGUGGAAGGAAUACAAUGAGCAUCUUGAUGCUCAAGGUGAUGGAGGUAAUAAACCAGUUCGUAAAGUUCCUGCCAAGGGCUCAAAGAAGGGGUGCAUGAAAGGUAAAGGAGGGCCAGAGAAUUCAGUCUGCAAUUACAGAGGUGUGAGACAGAGGACAUGGGGGAAGUGGGUUGCUGAGAUUCGGGAGCCAAACAGAGGGCCUAGGCUAUGGCUGGGUACUUUUCCUACUGCCUAUGAAGCUGCUCUUGCCUAUGAUAAUGCUGCACGAGCUAUGUAUGGUUCUUGUGCUCGUUUAAACAUUCCAGAAGCGGUGAAUUCAACAAGCUCAUCGAAGGAUAACUUCUCUGCUGUGACACCAUCAUACUAUUCUUCAGCUGCAAGUCCUGUUGACUCCGUCACCACAUCAACCCACUCUGAGGUUUGUGUGUGCGAGGAUCCUAACCAGAAUGUAUUAAGCCAAGCUGAGGAUUGGAUGACAAAUAUAUCAAGCCAAGCUGAGGAUUGCGAGCAGAAUGUAUCAAGCCAAGCUGAGGUUUACGAGCAGAAUGUAUCAAGCCAACAUAUUGAGGAUUGUUCUCGGGGAGUUGAAAAAAAUAGCAAGCUGAGUCAAGAUGAGUUGAAGAUUCAAUCAGAAAAUCCUUCGUGGACCAAUGACUGGCACAGCUACGGCUGGGAUGAGAUCUUUAGCGUAGAAGAGCUGCUAGGGGAUAUUGAUUCUGGGAUGACAGGAGCAGAGGGGUACUUCAGCUUAGGAUUUUGACAGCUUUGUAGCGUUUUCUCGAGUAAAAUAGUGUUUGUGUUUCUAGGUUCUGAUUGAAGGCUCGUAAAUUAUGAUGUAAACUGGUUUUUUAGUCCCUUGAUUUACAUUUUGCAAAUUAGAAGCCAAACUUGAAAAACAAUUGUUAAUUAUCAAACCGAUGUUAGUGAACUAAGCUAGGGAUCUCUUGUCAUUCAUUUAGUGGUUAUUUAAAUUUUUUUUGUAUUGUGUUUA